UUUCAGUGAAUUGUAUUUAUAUAAUUUUUAUUAUAAAUUGUUAUGAAUAGUUCUUUUUAAUCUACAAAUAAAAAAAUAGAAAGAUUACACUUACAUUUUUUACAAUAUAAAUGCAGCUUUUUUAUAUUGUAUUAAUCUUCUCAGUUAACAAUAUAUGUUUCCAUUGAAAGAUGUGUUAAAAUGAAUGAAUCGGAAACGUGACAACUAUUUACUUAUAAUCAGAGCUUGGCAGUUGAGUAACAUGAGGAACCAAUUGACGACAAAAGUGCAUUUAUUACAAUUAUGCACUGUUUAAAAUAGUUUAUCCACUAUGGUUGUGCAACAUGCCACAACACAUUGUACCUAUUCUAUUUUAUUAUUUAUUUUAUUAGCACUGAAUUUAAACUCCGAAAGAUAUUAAAUUCAUUGAAUAGUAAGAAAGACUUCACCCUUGUAUAAAUCGUGCUAAACGUGUGAAUGGUUGAGUGUUUUUAUCUGUAAAGUGUACAAUAAAUUACUUUACACAGUGUAAACCAUAAACAAUAGUAUUAAAAGAAAAUUUAUUGCCCACUAGUUUUAUAUAAGAAAAUAUAAAAAUUCAUAAUUUAAAUAAUAAUAACCCCAAAUCCAACUGAAAAAGACUGCCGAAUCUAAUUAGAGCUAUGCUGACGCACACUAUAUUUUUCUCCUUACAAUUCGGUUUUUCGAAGAGGAUAUGAAUUAAUAUUCAUAUAGUUGUUCAAAUAAUGGUCAAAAGGUGGAGAUGAUAACUGAAUCAAUUCGUCUAAUUACUCACCAUUGAAUAUAAAUACAAGAUGAUCCAAAAUUAUAGCAUUGAUUUCGAGGACUGAUAAUUCAUCUAAAAAUGAUACACAACCCUUUGAUUGGCUGAAAUAAAAACCUUAUAUUUUUGUAGACAUCUGUCAAAUAAAUUGAAGAGUGAGAUAUUAGAAUAAUAUUGAAAUUGCGAUAUUAAGAUAAUUAAUUUCAUCUCACCGCCAUUCUAUACAUACUUGUACAUAUGUAACUCAAAGUUUAAUGGAUAGAAGAUUGUGAUGUCGAAUUAUUACAAGAGCACUCUUAUGUCGAAAAGUCAAGGAUACAAUUUUUGAACUAAUUCCAUUGGAUUAUCAGUUUUAGAAAAAAAGUACACCAAGAAAUAAAUACUCUGAUUUUUUGAAGUACUAUCAGUACUACAUAAUUCUACACCACCAGUUAUAUUAAUUAUUUGAGGUCAUUCCAAUAAUCAAGUAGUUGAAAUUCUUGAUUUGAAUCGUUAAAUAGAAAGAUUGAAUCAUGUAUCCAAUUGAGAAUAUUUUGCAUUGUAAUCUAUAAAGCUCACGACUAAGGAAUUUAACUUCUUAUACGGUUGAUAACAAUAUUAAAGAACUGUUCAUUCUUACAACGCCAAAAUCAACUAUGUCUCGAGACAGUAAUGGAUGAGAUUUGCCUAGGAUUUUAUAUAAAAUAGUCGUAAGAGAAUACUGAUAUUCUAGUUCUUGAAUGGGUUUCAAAUAAGAAACUGAUAUCUCUUUUCCUAAAAGAAUAAUAUUAUGAUUAGUCAUUCGAAUUUUUUAUGAUAAAUUUAAAAGUAAAUUAUUAAUAGUAUUUACGAAGCCAUAUAAUCCAAUAUAAAACAUUUUAUUAUAAUGUAUCAGUUAACCACUAAAAUAAUAUAUGUCAUAUUGAUUAAAUUCUCAAGUGAUAAAUCAACAAUAAAGAGUAAUAACCUAAUGCGGGAAAGUGGGAAAAUAAACAGGAUUUAAGUAUUGAAAUGAUGAAAACGGUAAAUAUUUUGAGAGAUUAAUUGAUAACAAUACGAAUUUUGAAACGAAGUCUUAAGAGAAAAAUGAGUAUUGUUGUCAGACAUGAUAUUUAUAAGAUAUAACAGAAAAUUGAUCAAGUUCAAGGAAUGAAAUGGAAUCCAUCAAAUUAUUCACCACUAUCUUCUCAACGGAAUUAAAAAUCAUGAAAAGUAAUAAAAAAAUCAAACGAACAUAUGAGAAAGGGAAUCAGACACAAUAUUUUAAUUUGUUUAUUUUGUAAUAACUACAAAUGUAAAUUAUACUAGAAUUUGCUAUUUACUACCUAUGUUCAUGUCUCAAUGUUUACACUGUCGGAUAAAGAUGAUAGCCUAGUCUUCUUUGGACAAGAUUUCAUGUUAGAGAGCUGCAAAGAAACAAAAGCAAACUCUUGGAAUUCACUUUAUUUAUUAUGAAAUAAGAAAUAUGACCAAAAUAUUAAAUUUGAUAAAUUAUAAAAUAUAUCAAUAAAGUGUUAGGGAUGAUAAAUAUACUGAAAAAAUAUUUAUUCACGAAUUAAUUUUUCAUUCAUCCGAAAUUAUACAAUGUAUCAAUUGAACAAAUAAAACAAGAUAUGACCCCAAUUCAUUAAAUUCGGUAGGAGUGAACUCACCUGAUAAUAAAAUUCGAGGUAAAUAUUUAUAACAGAUUUUUACUUAAUAAGAUGAUAUAUUAUUUGAUAACCAAAACACUAACUCCGAAAUAAAAUAGUGAUUAAUAACAGAAAACAAAAGAUGUAAUCUUAUCAAAUUCCAUCAUUAUAUAUAAAGGAUGAAAUAUUUGGAUACAGUUAAUAAAGCGUGUCAAUUUUGGAAGAAACCAUUCUCAGAAUCCGAUUAACAUGGUCUCAGAACUUUGCUUUAUUAUUGUAACUUCUCUUGUGGCUGCAAUCUCAGGUCACGGUAUGAUGUUAAUACCGCCUGGCAGAAGUUCACUGUGGAGAACUCACCCCGAAGCUCCUAUUAAUUAUAAUGAUAAUGAAGUUUAUUGUGGAGGAGCUUAUGUUCAAAAUACGUUAAAUGACCAAAAAUGUGGAGUCUGUGGUGACAGAUAUGACGCUCCUCAUCCUCAAGACAAUGAAAAUGGAGGAACUUAUGGUCUUGGUAUAAUUGUAGGAACUUAUCAACCUGGAGAUGUUCUAGGUGUUUUAGUUACUCUCACAGCUAACCAUUUAGGAUAUUUCACGUACAGUUUAUGUGAGUUACCCGAUCCAGAUUUACCUGAACCAGGUGAGGAAUGUUUCGUCAAUUUGCGUCUUGAAGAUGGUUCCAAAAAUUUUCCUAUCAAAAGUGAUUAUUAUAUUGUACAAAAUCAAGUUGUACUUCCAAAUAUAACUUGCCCUCGAUGUGUUUUAAGGUGGACGUACAGAACAGGUAAUAAUUGGGGUAUCUGUGAAAAUGGUACACAAGGAAUCGGAUGUGGACCUCAAGAGCAUUUUAGAUCAUGUGCUGACAUCGCUAUACUUCCAUAAUUUUAUCAAGUCCAACAAAUAGAUUUUGUUGAUUUGAUCAGAUUAAAUGCCAAUAGGGGUACAUAGCCCUAGGAUUAAUUAUAUUCCAGUUGAAAGAUAGUCUUAUCUAUUUAUCUAAAUAUAAAUUUUGCAUAGAUUUAAUUGUCUAAGAUAUUCGUGUUUGAUAUGUAAGUAUUACAUGCAAAUAAAAAAAAGAUAAAGAGAACUUUAAAUCUUCCAUCUAUUUCUUUAUUAACUCCUACUACAAUGUGCUUCAGAUUAUUUA